CCCCGGCCGUCCCCGGUGCUGCUGGCUCCGGGAGCCGCCGCGGCGUUUCCCGGUCGUCGCGGCCUGGCUGUCCCGAGUCCCCGCGGCCAGAGUCCCGAGUGGGGGAGGGAGGAAGCCGGAGCCUCAGGCGGCCGCACGUGAAAGAAAAGCACAAGAAGAAACUUUUACAGGCAUCGUUGAUUUGACUACGGCACUGAUCCCCGAAAUCACAGGAAAGAGUUCUGAUGGUCAGUCAUACACAGGAAGGCCUUGAGCUUGUGAGUUUUGGAGAAUCCGUUCUGAAGAUCUAAAAAGUGCAAAAGGAGAAGUACAAAUGUCUACCACAAGACGAAAACGUAAUGUGUUAUGUUGUUUACCGUAAGCUGUAGUAAAAUGAGCUCAAUUGUUGACAGAGAUGACAGUAGUAUUUUUGAUGGAUUGGUGGAAGAAGAUGACAAGGACAAAGCAAAAAGAGUAUCUAGAAACAAAUCUGAAAAGAAACGUAGAGAUCAGUUCAAUGUUCUCAUUAAAGAGCUGGGAUCUAUGCUUCCUGGGAAUGCUAGAAAGAUGGACAAGUCCACUGUUCUGCAGAAGAGCAUUGACUUUCUACGCAAACAUAAAGAAAUCACUGCACAGUCAGAUGCUAGUGAAAUUCGACAGGACUGGAAACCUACAUUCCUUAGUAAUGAAGAGUUUACACAAUUAAUGUUAGAGGCUCUUGAUGGUUUUUUUUUAGCGAUCAUGACAGAUGGAAGUAUAAUAUAUGUAUCUGAGAGUGUAACUUCGUUACUUGAACAUUUACCAUCUGAUCUUGUGGAUCAAAGUAUAUUUAAUUUUAUCCCAGAGGGAGAACAUUCAGAGGUUUAUAAGAUACUCUCUACUCAUCUGCUGGAAAGUGAUUCAUUAACCCCUGAGUAUUUAAAAUCAAAAAAUCAGUUAGAAUUCUGUUGUCACAUGCUUCGAGGAACAAUAGACCCAAAGGAGCCAUCCACCUAUGAAUAUGUGAGAUUUAUAGGAAAUUUUAAAUCUUUAAACAGUGUAUCAACUUCAGCACACAAUGGUUUUGAAGGAACUAUACAACGCACACAUAGGCCUUCUUAUGAAGAUAGAGUUUGUUUUGUAGCUACUGUCAGGUUAGCUACACCUCAGUUCAUCAAGGAAAUGUGCACUGUUGAAGAACCCAAUGAAGAGUUUACAUCUAGACACAGUUUAGAAUGGAAGUUUCUAUUUCUAGAUCACAGGGCACCACCAAUAAUAGGCUAUUUGCCAUUUGAAGUUUUGGGAACAUCAGGCUAUGAUUACUAUCAUGUGGAUGACCUAGAAAAUCUGGCAAAAUGUCAUGAGCACUUAAUGCAGUAUGGGAAAGGCAAAUCAUGUUAUUACAGAUUCCUGACCAAAGGACAGCAGUGGAUUUGGCUUCAAACUCACUAUUAUAUCACUUACCAUCAGUGGAAUUCAAGGCCAGAGUUCAUUGUUUGUACUCACACUGUAGUAAGUUACGCAGAAGUAAGGGCUGAAAGACGACGAGAACUUGGCAUUGAAGAAUCUCUUCCUGAGACAGCUGCUGACAAAAGCCAAGAUUCUGGGUCUGACAAUCGUAUAAAUACAGUCAGUCUCAAGGAAGCACUGGAAAGGUUUGAUCACAGCCCAACUCCGUCUGCCUCUUCUAGAAGCUCCAGAAAGUCAUCUCACACAGCAGUCUCAGACCCUUCCUCAACACCGACAAAGAUCCCUACUGAUACUAGCACUCCUCCCAGACCACAUCUGCCAGCUCAUGAAAAGAUGACACAGCGGAGGUCAUCCUUCAGCAGUCAGUCCAUAAACUCCCAGUCUGUUGGUCCAUCAUUAACACAGCCAGUGAUGUCUCAAGCUGCAAAUUUACCAAUUCCACAAGGCAUGUCACAGUUCCAGUUUUCAGCUCAGUUAGGAGCCAUGCAGCAUCUGAAAGACCAGCUGGAGCAGCGGACGCGGAUGAUAGAGGCAAAUAUUCAUCGGCAACAGGAAGAGCUGAGGAAGAUUCAAGAACAGCUUCAGAUGGUCCAUGGUCAAGGGCUUCAGAUGUUUUUGCAGCAAUCAAACUCUGGAUUGAAUUUUGGUUCUGUUCAACUUUCCUCUGGAAAUUCUAAUAUCCAGCAACUCACACCUAUAAAUAUGCAAGGCCAAGUCGUUUCUGCUAGCCAGAUUCAAAGUGGAAUGAGUACUGGACAUGUCAGCACAAGCCAGCACAUGGUACAACAGCAGACUUUACAGGGUACAUCAACGCAGCAGAGUCAACAGAAUGUAAUGAGUGGACAUAGUCAGCAAACGUCUCUUCCAAACCAGACACCAAGCACUCUCACAGCCCCGCUGUACAAUACAAUGGUGAUCUCUCAGCCUGCAUCUGGGAGCAUGGUCCAGAUCCCAUCCAGUAUGCCCCAGAACAGUACGCAGAGUGCUACGGUAACCACGUUCACUCAGGACAGACAGAUAAGGUUUUCUCAAGGUCAGCAACUUGUGACCAAAUUAGUGACUGCUCCUGUAGCUUGUGGGGCCGUCAUGGUACCAAGUACCAUGCUUAUGGGUCAGGUGGUGACUGCUUAUCCUACCUUUGCCACACAACAGCAGCAGGCUCAGGCAUUGUCGGUAACGCAGCAGCAGCAGCAGCAGCAGCAGCAGCAGCAGCAGCAGCAGCAGAGUUCCCAGGAACAGCAGCUUCCUUCGGUUCAGCAAUCACCUCAGGCUCAGCUGACCCAACCACCACCACAGCAGUUUUUACAGACAUCUCGGUUGCUCCAUGGGAAUCCUUCAGCUCAGCUCAUCCUCUCUGCUGCCUUUCCACUACAGCAGAGCACCUUCCCUCCGUCUCAUCACCAGCAACACCAGCCUCAGCAGCAACAGCAGCAACAGCUUAGUCGGCACAGGACUGACAGCCUGACUGACCCUUCCCAGGCCCAGCCACAGUAGCACACACACUUCCUCUCUGACACUAGAGGAAGGGGAGGCCAGACAGUCACUCGGAUGACAGGAUUACAAGUUGAGCAGUUCUGUGAGGGUGGUCUUGAGUGUUCCAGUUCCUGGAUUAGUUGGUAGGGAAAUGCUGCCCAGUGCUACAGAUGUACAUUAAAUACCAGCUGAUGGGAGAUGAUUAUAGGGACACAGCCAAUUCUGCAGUUUCUUUACCCAGAUAUUUUUUUAAUGGAAAAAGAGUAUAUUGCCAAAUGUUAACAAGCUCAACUAUCAUGACCUUUACCGAAUCAGAAAAGCACUAACAAUGUUGGUAGCUUUAGUGGUUCUGUGCCUGGUAUCGGAUGUUACAGAGGACACACCACUGCCAGGGAUUUGCUUAGAUUGCCAUGAAGAUAGUCCUGUAGUUAGUAGUCCCCACCCCAACUCCCCUCCCUGUUCAGAUAAUGAUGGAUCAGUGAUUACUUGCAGAAUGUUGUGCAGGUUUGAAUUCUCUAUGUGUAGAUGCUAUAUAGAUGUGUAUGUGUCUGGAUGGAGAAGAGAAAGCAAACUUUCUGUACGCAGCAUGAAAGCAUUAUCUGUCCCUUACAGGUAUGAGUACAUUUCAUUAGAUUUUGACACCAUGUACAAACUGGUAACAGCCUCUCUUUUUCAUUUUGUUUACAACAUAAUAGUGUUCUAGUCACUUUUUCCAGGGCACAAGUUUUUUUGUUCGUGCUUUGGCUGUGAUGUCACAGUUUGUUCAGUGAGGUAUAAUGUGCUGCUGGUUAAAUUAUUGCUACAUUUCCUUUUAUUCAGAAAUAGCCCUUAUUUCAUUAUUUUUCAAUUAUGUUUGAAAAUAGAAUUGCACUGCUUUAUUUUAGAUGGUUGGUUGAGUUUGAUCACAUAUUUUGAUAUAUUUCAUAGUUGGAAUAUUUAUGUAAAUGGUUUUCAACAAGCCUGAAAGUGAUUUCAAGAAUGUUUCAGUUAUAAGAGUAAAAUUUGCACACAGAACAUUUUAGGCACUUUUUAACAUUCUCAGUGGUGGGAAUUUUAACUUUUAGGAUUUGUUGGAGUCUUUUUAUUAUCCUUAAAAUUUUCAAUGCUUCUUUUAGUUAAAAUGAUUCAGGGUUAUUUGAGGGGGAAAAACCCAUAGUGCCUUGAUUUUAAUUCAGGUGAUAACUCACCAUCUUGAAUUCAUCGUCUGGUUUCAGUAGCAGUGUUGAAACCUUAGUACAUUUUUAGCAGCAUGUGGGUCUCGGUGUCAUUCUCUGGCUCCCAUGAAGACUGCUACGUCUCUUGGACUGCCCUAACAGUAUCAGAGUUGUUAAAGUGAUCCCAGAAUUGUUUCCAAAUUAGUAUCUUCCUUUAAAGCUAAGUAGUCCUUUAAGAAUUACCAGUUAAUACUUGUUCAGAGAAAUGGGGUAGAAAUUGUCUUUAACCUUCAUUGAAACACUAGAAUAUUACAACUCACAUGCUUUCUAAACAUGAAUUAAGAUUUCAUCUGGCAAUAUCAUACUCUCCAGGUAAUAAACUCCAACGAAGUUACAUAUAUUUUAAAAAGCAUUUUUUUUUUUAGAUUUUAUGGUACUAAUAAUGAAAUUUGCAAUUAUAGAACAAAAGAUAAGUAGAAAAUAGAAUAUAAAACAUUACUGAGAAAAGGGAGGACAAGUGUGACAAAUUAGAAUUGACCUUAAAAGAAAGUGUGUAAGGGUGAGGCCGCUAAACAAAGGUUCCCAGCAGUGAAAAUAACCUACUGCAGAAUCGCUAGAUAAGGGCUCUGGGGAACGCACGCGGAGUCAGUUAUGGGUCCUCGGCUUUGUUGCCAUCCUUAAGCAUGUCUUUGUUUUCCUGUUUACCUGGCUGCAAUUCAGUUAGAAGUUAGUGGUGACAAAGAAAACAACCAAAGAAAAUUGGUACCUACCCUUCUGCAGAAGAAGUGUGGCCAGGUACCAGUCAGUAACUAACAUAUCACAGUUCUUCUAGCUGACAUUCGUAUGAAUACCCCCAAGAGUUGCAAGAAUACAUGUAUAUGUAAGCUUAUAUACACGUGAUGAAAUUGAUGUAAGUAGAGCCCCCACAUUGCUUUUCUCCCCUCCCAAAUGCCUUCUUGAUCUUAGGCCAUUCCAUGCCAUCUGAGUUGUGCCUCAUUGACUUGGGCAAUACCUAGUGACGAGGGUUUAGCUAACAGGAGAUCCAGUAUACUAAUUAUGUAAUUCCUGUUGUUCUUCACAGUCCAUCUUCUUGCUUAGAAGCAGUUGGUAAAGGAGCGCCUAGCCACUAAUUUUGCCGUCCAUAUGGAAAGUUGUGCUGGGCAACACUUGUCAGGACCAGCUGCCUCUCGGCUCCUUAAUUCUUGGUUUCUUUGGGUGGGAAACUGUCCCUGUCUGCUUCCUACAGACUUGAGCAUUCUGGUGAAGAUUCAUCUGUUGCCUGUUCUUCGUUUCUAUAGCCAAAGUUGUUGACUGAAACCUAAAUCUAAAACCUAAAUCAUGAAAAGAUACCAAAUAGAAACACUUCGCAGCUUAUAAACCUUAAUGUCCCCUGCUCUAUUUCAUGGGGAUUCAUUUUUCUUUAAAAUUGUAUUCUGGGCAGCACUUUUUAGUUAAGAAUUGUUAGGGUGCGGAUCAGCUAGGUUCUUGUUGCCCUGAAGGUACUUUGCUCUGGGCUGCUCUGUAGAACGUGGGGUGUUGCUGAUCCUUUGGGAUGAGAACAGUAAAGCACAAAGCUGCUCUGGAGGCUGCUGUCAAACCAGAGCCUAGACAUGGAAAGUACUCCUCUUUUCUCCCUUAGAGUAGUAACUGGAGGGUGGGGAGCGGAUGUGACAGGUGGAGCUGCAUGCAAAUGAGCACUACAGGCCCUGCCCCAAGCUCCACCCUAAAUUUAGGGUAGCUUUAGAGUGCUGUGUUCUGCAGUCGCAUAGACAGGGCUUAGGAAUGUACUACUAAUCAAAGAAUGCCAGUAAUUUUGAGUUUGUGAUAGAAAACUCUGCAAACUAGUGAGUGUUUGAAUUCUGUGUGCUGUAGUUGGUUGUUGCCUUAAAGCAGUCUCUUGAAGUUAGUUGGGAGCACUGAAGCAGUCCAGCUGUGAGGGAGCUGAGCCCUUGUUCAAGCCUUAGAAAGGACCCUUAAAGUAGUAGUCUACAGAGGUAGGUUCUUUUCGCUUGGAAUAGUACUGUCCCUUUAAAAUGUUUCUGCUACAUUGAGGCAUUUUUUUUUCCAAGUGGAAUACAGAUAGCAUUUUUAGUAUUUCUUUUUUCUGUUUCUUUGGUGAUUAAAGGUUGUCGUAACAUUUGUGUAAAACUCGUUCAAGCCUAUCACCUUUCCAGUACCUGUGGUCCUGUUCUUAGCACCACGGAGUCCACAUUGGAAGGUAUAAACACUGGAUAUUAAUAUUGUUGAGGGCAUAUAGCCAGGAGUAAGCUGACUGGAACUCUUCAGUGGUGGAGAAGAAACAGCACAAAGGCACUUGCCAUUUUCAUAGUCAUUAGGGAAAGAAACCUUUUAAGUUUGUCUAGAUUGAGUGAACACUCUUCUAAGAGGAGCUUCUGAAGUAAAUGCAAAGGAAAAGAGUUGACUAUUUUUAUAGCAUAUUUAAUAUAUUUGUAUAGAACUAUGAGUGUAAUAGGAACCCUCGACCUGCCUCCCACUUUUCUAACCCCCCCCCCUUUUGCCAUAGCCCUAGUUCAGCCUCAUCCGCAUGGGUAAUGUGCCUAUUGUCAGCCUACCUACCAAAAGAUAGUGCUGCUGCUUUCUGAGACAGGUGAGAUCAGACUCUCAUGCCUGGGGAUCCUUUAUGGGAGGAAUAGCACACACUUAGAACAACAUACCACAGUCUAAACGCAUCAUUUUGAAAGGUAAUAAGCACUUUAUUGCAAUUAUUCAUUUAGAUAAAGUUUGUAUCUUAGGCAUUAACCAUUUUUAAAGGAUCCCCUAAUCAUCACUUAGGUGAAAUUAUAAAUGACACAUUUCUGAGAAAUGUUUAGAUCCAGUGAACCGUAGCAGGUUUAUGGGAGUGAUUUCAAGGUAGCCAAAUAAACUCUGACUUUUGUUUUGAAUGUGGUGGAGUCAGGAGAUUGUAGAUGCGUAGUUCCAUUUAAACACUAUUGUAAACCCAUCUUGCCUAUUGUGUGGACACCAAAAGAGACCAAUGAGCCUGUUUAUUUUCAGAGGUCUAGGAAUAUGCAUCUGUCUGAGUAGAUAUACAGAACUAAUCUAUAAACGGUUGGUAGUAAUAUUUUAGGAUACAGUAAUUUCAAGAAUUAUUGAGUGUUUUCAAUGUGCCCUGAAAUGUUGGCAUGUCAUUUCAGCGUUCCCAUUUGAGUUGCUCUUGUAAUAUUUUUGCACAAAAAGGACUGAGAAAGACUGCUUUGGUUGAAGAAAACUAUAAUUUGGUCUUAUCUUACUGUCUCCUGUGGAAACACUGGAGGUCAAUUUUGUUGGUAUAGUUACUAAUUCAGGAUAUUUAAAACAGUGUUGAACAGCUCACCAGAAAUUAAGCAAACUUAUAUAUUUAAAAAUUAAAAUUCUGUUUUUCCACGUGACUGUUUUGCAUAUUUUUUCCGUUGUCAUAACACUACAUUCCUUGUUUUUCCGAAAUAAUACUUUGAAAGAUGAGUAUUUAACAAUACUUUGUAAGCUGCCUGGGUUUUCCCAGGAAAAGGUUCUAGUGGAAUAAAUAGCUUGUAGUUGUGUAUAGUUUGUGGAGACUGUUGGGAUCCCAUCAACACACCAGCAAACACUGAGGUGCUGAACUAACGACAAUCACAAUAGGAAGUAUUUAUAGACGAACUUAGCAGUGGCUGAAGGAACUUGUUUCCAACGCAGUUCUCGGGGUUUCUUAAAUAAAAUGGCUGUGUAUUUAUUUAUAUUUGUAUCUCUACAUUUGGUCUCCUGUAUUUAAUUUAUGGUCAGUUUGGUUUUCCUUGGAGAACUGGCUCUUGUUUCGGGGGCAAGUUGUUACCGCAUGCCCCCCCCAUGACUCUUCACAGACAGAUAAUUGGACACUGUUGUCCAUCAGGAUGGCAGUGGCAGGCCACCCUGGGCGUCCGUCCCUGCGCUGCCCUCCUGCUCUGAACUAUUUAGGAAAACUCGGUCAAAGGUAGCUCCUUUCAGUUCUGCUCUGUGUCACCGCUCCACCUUUUCCUGGUGUCACUGGUGCCUUCUGUGUGUCGUGGGCACUUUCCACAGUUUCUUCCCCACAGCCAGAGGCCAGCAUGACAGAACCAUGGGCACAUGUUGAUGUUGCCUUUGUUUUGCCCAUUUGAGGAAACACUAGCAAAAUAGUGUCUUUUAAUGGCUGUCAUCAUUAAAGCCACAUACCGAGUCCUUACAUAUAGUUGGACAAUGUAUGCACAUUGAAAACUCUUUAAAAAAAGUUGGUUAUCUUUCAGUCUUCCAUAGCCAGUACUAUGGAAGUAAAGCGGUACUUGAACAUGGGAGGCCUCACUCGCUCGCUGUGUGACAGUCCUUCCUGCCCACAUGAACUGGUAUACAGUCCUCCGUUAGCACUCUCAUUGUGGCUCUGGAGUCCCAUGGGUAGGGUCUAGCUCACAGGGACCCCUUGGAGAACAGUAACUAAAAUACAGUCAGACACGAAUUGAGUUUAAUUAUGUAAAAGGUGUUUAACUCUGAUGAAGUUAAAUUUAAAAAAUACCAUUUUUAGAUAUAUGCUUUUAAAUCAGAGAAAACAAACUGUGACAUCGCUUUAAAAAAUAACAUUCAAAUGGUUUGUGUUUUGAGUUGGCCUGUACUGGCUCAAGUUUAUUGCUGGCAAUGGUUUUAAGAAUACUACAGAGCUAAAAUAUAGAAAAAGCUGUUAUCUUUAAAUUAAUGUAUAACUAGACAAUCAUCUUCAAGCAAAAACAUUGCCCGAAAGUCCCUUAUUAAGCAAUGGAUGUGUCAGCCAGAGCGACUGGAAAUGAAAUCAUUCUAAAAUUAUUUUGAAAUCUAUUUUAUUGUGGUUUAAGUUGGGGAAAGCUCUAGUAUAGCACUUUCAUAUUCACCCUCUGUAAAGACUGAAGCCCAAAGACAAGUUAAAUUAGUGCUGUUUUAAAACCAGUUAGUGCAAAAAAUAUAUGUUUUAUCUUUGUAAACUUUGUUAAAUCAGUUAGUGGUUGUAUAAACAUGCACCAGAUUCUUUGCUGUUCCGUGUGGUUCUUGCUCUGCUGUUCUUGACAUUGCUGUCCUUACUGCUUGGUUCUGGGUUUAAAUUAAAACAAGAGUAGACGUAGCUCAUCAUUUCCAGCUCCAAAGGGAGAGAUGCAUAUGGCUAGUGAUCCCCACAAAGCAAACAUUUAAUUGAAAUAAAUUUAUUAAAAAAGACUGGCAUUCUUUUAGGCAUUAUCCUUUUGCCAAAAUCCUAAACUCCACAGAAGCCUAACAGAUAAUGAAUGGUUUCAGUGGUGCUGUAUUAGGUCCCCUGGUUCUCAUAAGCUACGUUGGAAAUGCAGUAUUGAAUAAAACGUGGAGUCUUACUACCAGCUGACUAUUGCUAUUUUAAUUGAGUUUGAUACAGUUGGUUAUACUUGGUUGUCAAAGUUACCCUUUUAAGGAGUAAAACUGUGUUACCAGCAUGCCUUCCCUCAGGCCUCUUACCUUAUGAGCACAGCUUUACUUCAGUCUUCAUGUUCUGUGCUCUUCUCCAUAGUCUUGUAUUCAGAAUCUAAACUACAGCAAAAGAGCCAAGCAGUACCAAUGGUUUUCUUUUGUGUUUGUUUUUAAUGUCAAAAUAAUUAGACCCAAACUUUGUUUUCUUCAAUUUUAAAAAUAAAGAAUACCUCAGUGCUGCUUCUCAGUAUCACCUGCUUUAUGUGGCACAUAACAUGUAAGAGUCACAUUUGGAUUUAUAGAAAGACUAUUAAAUGUUUUUAAAUCUGU